CAAGAAUCUGAUAUAUAAACACACUCUCAAAUGAGUCAUCGUCUCCACAGCAUCCUCCUCGGCACCACCAUCCGCAUCCAUCGCUCCAUUCCACCCCACCUAAUUUCCAGGGCUUGGUUUUGUAGCGGUAGAUUCAGAAACCAGACCCACAUGGAAAGCCAUGCUUCUUGUGAGGCGGUUGUGGGUGACUCUGAGCUCUUGGUUAAAAAAAUGGCUGCUAUUUGUAAUGCCGGUCCCGCCAAACUCCAGGUAAUAGCAGAUUUUGAUGGCACACUAACAAAGUACCGGGUCAAUGGUUGUCGGGGACAAAGCAGUCAUGGCCUUUUGCAACAGGAGAAUCCGGAAUAUGAUAAGAAAAGGCAGGAAUUAUAUGAACAUUAUCAUCCGUUAGAAUUCUCCCCGACAAUUCCAAUUGAAGAGAAAACUAAGCUUAUGGAAGAAUGGUGGACAAAAACUCAUGGUCUCUUAGUUGAGGGAGGUCUUACCUAUGAUGGAAUAAGGCAAUCUGUUGCUAACUCCACAAUUGCUUUUAGGGAGGGUGUUGUUGAACUAUUUGAGUUUUUGGAGGAAAGAGACAUUCCCAUUCUUAUAUUUUCUGCUGGACUUGCUGAUAUCAUAGAGGAGGUCCUUAGGCAGAAGAUUCACAGACUUUUCAAAAAUGUGAAGAUAGUCUCAAAUCGGAUGGUAUUCGAUAAUAACGGUCACCUUGUAUCUUUUCAAGGGAAGACGAUUCAUAGUCUGAAUAAAAAUGAGCAUGCUCUGGAUAUGGCUGCUCCCCUUCAUGAUCGAUUAGGUGAUAAUAUAGAUGCUCCUACUUAUGAGAAUGCCUCGGUCAAGACUAGAAGAAAUGUGCUGCUUCUGGGUGAUCACAUUGGUGACCUGGGAAUGUCUGAUGGCUUGAACUAUGAGAAUAGAAUUUCCGUGGGAUUUCUGAAUGACAAUGUUGAGAAUUCUCUUGAUAGCUACCGCAAAGCCUUUGAUGUUGUUUACCUGAAUGAUGCACCCAUGUGGGGAGUUGUAAAGCUUGUUUCACAACUCUGUCCAAGUGAUGGUCAUUGAGUUGUAAAUCUCUUACUAUUCAAUACUUGGAAGCUCAUUCGCCAAAAAUAAAUCCUUCGAAUCUCCUGUCUGCUUUCUUUUAUUAACAUCCAUAGAUAGAUUUGGUAAAGUGUUCCUUUCAUCGGCAAAAGGUUUUCCAACAUGUGGCCGCUUUUCCUCUUUUCCUAGCAAUAGAAGAAAUAUAUUUAAUUGGUCAGUUUUAGACAACAAGAAGCAAAUUUCUAUAAUCUUCAAUCUCUUGAUGUUCUAAGCUCUGCAUUGGGAGCUAACAUCUGUAUAUCUGCACUACUUUUGAGCUGAAACAUUUGUCCACAAAAUGCGUGCCUCUGGAGCUGAAAGAAAUUGAUAUACCAAAGAAUUUGGAUGUUAAAUUUUCAUCACUCAUGUUGAAUUGAUUGUUUGUAGUGUUACAGUUUGAAAUAUGAAGGACUAAGAAUAGCAAGGGAAACAGGACUCAUGCUUUUGGCGUAGUGCUACCUUUUUUCUUACUAGGUACUUGAAAUUCUUCUAGUGCGUAAGCUUUUUGGCUGAGGUGUUGCUCUGGAAGCGUACAACUUAUUUUGGCCCCCC